UGUCUUUUUUCGCUAAAUUGUCAGUUAUAGUAGAUCAUUACAUUAAAUGACUGCUGCUCUGAUAAAUAACGAAAGUUAUAAAAAUGUUGCGCAACGCAUAUCAAUGAAACAAUCUUUCACUAUCAUAGAAAAUUAGUAUCUAUUUUGUAAAUUAAUCACUUAGAUUCAAUUGCAGAAUUUUCAAUCCCAACAGUCGAUGGAGUCAGCUCCAUUUAUGAUUUUGUCAAAGUCAUCACUUAUGCUCAAAAAGCCCGCUAAUUGGUCCUUUUUCUACAAACACACCAAAAAGACGUUGCCAUCGUCACUUGGAAAACUUUGAGACAGGACCAGGUGACAAAGUCAUUUCUGAAACAGUGUUUGAACUUAUUAAGAGAGCGGAAACCACGAAUUACUGGGCUUCCUGUUUUCAAUUUCUUUCAAGGGACACCUCUUAGAGGUAAUGGCAGCUGCAACUGAAUAUAACGUUAAGAAAGUCGGCGAAGACAAUCAAUCGCCGAAAGAGCUAGUCAAGAAUUUUUGUGGCUAUACAACAACGCAUGGAGUUGGGCGACUGGCAGAAGCAAAGACACUGUUUAGCCGUUUUAUAUGGACUGUUUUCAUACUUGGAGCAUUUGCCAUGUUUAUAUUCCAAACGCAUGGUUUGUUUACAUUAUGGCUGAGUCGUCCUGUUGCUACUGUGGUGAAGGUGAAACAUACCGCUCAUUCCAUUUUUCCAGCCGUCACUAUUUGCAACCAAAACCCAAUAAAGGAAAGCGAAAUAUCGAAACGUUAUUUUGAUGAAAUUUAUCAGGAAAUCGACGAAAGGAUGGAGGAACAGAAAAACGUUGCCUCAAAAGACUCAGAUAGUACCGUCAGGCCAACCAGCGAAACUACGGUCCUACCAACAACAGAUGAUGGCCUUGAUCCCCCCGUGAGUGCUUCUGGGUCUGGAGAUGGAGACCCGUCUCCAACAAACAACGACACAACGGAACACUAUACCCCGGAGGAACAGUUCAUUGUCGACUAUCUAUUUGAGGACUUGCUACUCUCAUUUUUGGCAUUAGAAAAUCAGACUACCUUACACAAAAUGGGUCACAAGUAUGAGGAUUUCGUGUAUGAUUGUAACUUCAGAGGAAUUGACUGCAGGGAAAACUACUCAAAAUACUGGAAUCGGUUUUGGGACUAUCGUUACGGUAAUUGCUACACAUUUAAUGGUGGAGUGGAUGAUGACCACAACAACCAGACAAUUCUAGAAACACACAAUACAGGUCCAUAUGGAGGGCUCAAAUUGAACCUUAACAUUGAGUCAAAUGAGUACGUGCCAGAGAUAAGUCAAGCUGCUGGAGCUAGAAUAGUGAUCCACCCACAAGGGGAGAUGCCUUUCCCAGAUGAGGAAGGAGUCGACCUGGUGCCGGGUUUUUCUACUACCAUUGGAGUUCGAAGGGAGGUUGUGAUAAGGGUGGAUCCUUUUAACAAUGGUAGCUGCAAACAUUCCAACAGCGAGCAAAAAAAUGAUCUUUAUAAAGUGAAGUAUGGAUCAUUUUAUUCAAGGGAGUCUUGCAUGCGAUCCUGUCUGGCGAUAGCCCAAAUCAAAAAGUGUGGAUGUGCUGAUGCUCGAUUUCCUGUCGAGGAUCGUCACAUUUGCAACACAGUCAAGAAACCUGAUACAGCGACUUGCUAUGAGGAAUUAACAUCUCAGUUCAACGAGGAAGGUCUUCAUUGCGAUAAAGACUGUCCUGUCCCUUGCAGUGAACUGAUAUAUAAAACUUCCAUGUCCAUGGCAGAGUGGCCUUCUGAGGGAUUUCAGGAGGUGUUGUACAAUCGCGUCAUCAAAAGAAAAAAUGCAGCAGCUAAAAACCAGGAGAAAGAAGGUCCUGAGUUCCUGAAUCGAAACUUCCUUCAAGUGAAAGUGUUUUACGAGAGACUUAAUUUCCAGGAAGUUCAAGAGCACCUGAGUUAUAAGGGAAUCAACUUGAUUGCCGACAUUGGAGGUCAACUUGGUCUUUGGAUUGGCAUUUCGGUACUAACUUGCUGCGAAGUUCUGGAGCUGGUGCUGCUCUUGGGGCAGACCGUUUUUAAACGGGUCACUGCGAAAGGAAGCAGAGUAGAAAUACGGCAAUAGCGGCAGAAUAUUAGAAUGACCAAAACAAUAAGAACAAACAUCGAGUAUAAUGAAUGGGUGUUCCUUCUCUCUCCGAAGCUCAGUUUAGUAACUAUAAUAACAGGGAAAGUAUCAACAUUGUAGAUUGUAAACAAAAAACGUCGAUUUCACUUUUAGCACUCAAAGAAAGAUACCGAAAAAAAGAAAUAAUUUCAGACUCUUUCUUAAGGAAGUUUUGUAUCAGUAGAUGCAAUGUUCGCUCGAUUUUCAUGUCAAGUCGCGCCUAUUACCAUGGCAAAUAAGACGUAAUCAGUAUAACGAUUAUUCUUUGGUCACUUUCUCUCCCAAUUUAAACCAACUGCAUUUCAAAUAACCCCAAUAUAAAACAUUGAAGCAAAAAAAAAAAAAACAAAGGCGAAGAAGUAACAUGUGUUAUCCAGCUUUUGUAAACUUUGUCAUUUAACCGUAGUUUCAACGGACUUUCACUGUAGGGAAAAUCAUAAAGAAAAGCAGUUUUGCGUUUCCUUUCUAGCUGCAAAACCACGCUUGUAACUAACACCAUCAAGGAAACUAUAAAGCUCUUAUAUAAUCUUUCAGAAUUGUUUAAUGUAUAAUUGUAUGAUGGACUUUAGUAAUUGGAUCAGAUAGGUUGAAUAGUGCUUUAUGGCCUCGCUGAUUGGUUGGUUCGGAGGUGAUUAGCAAAUGCCAUUCCCCUCUGAGCAGCCAAAGAGACAAAGCGGCAUGUCAACAGUUUAAUUUCUGACCAAUUUUGGUAUAUUGACAAAAAUAAACUAUUUGUUUUGGUUU